AUGACCGUUCAUAACACCAGCCUCAGACCUUCCGUGUUCUUCCUGGUUGGCAUCCCGGGGCUGGAAAGCGUGCAGCACUGGAUCGCAGUCCCAUUGUGCUCCAUGUAUGCCUUGGCCCUGUUAGGGAACUGCAUUAUUCUGCUCGUGAUCUGGACAGAGCCCAGUUUGCACAAGCCCAUGUACCUUUUCCUGGCCAUGCUGGCCAUCACCGACCUGGUCCUGUCCACUUCCACCUUGCCAAAAAUGCUGGGCAUCUUCUGGCUGGGUGCCAGGGAGAUCGGGUUCCAUGCUUGCCUUACCCAGAUGUUUUUCAUCCAUGUCUCCUCAACGGUGGAGUCCGGGAUCCUGACAGCCAUGGCGUAUGACCGCUAUGUGGCCAUCUGCAACCCCCUGAGGCACGCAGAGAUCUUGAGAAUCACCGUGGUGGCCAAGAUAGGCCUGAUGGUUUUUGUCCGUGGGCUUCUCAUUAUAACCCCUUUUCCUUUCCUUCUUUGGAGGCUGUCCUUCUGCCAGGCAACUAUCAUCCCACACUCCUACUGCGAGCAGAUGGCGAUAGUAAUGUUGGCCUGCACUGACACCACCAUCAGCAGAUUGUAUGGCCUCAUCAUGGCCCUGCUCGUGGUGGCUCUGGAUGGGACGUCCAUCACCCUGUCCUACGGGAUGAUCCUCCAAGCGGCCUUUGCCUUGCCCUCGAAUGAGGCCCGGCUCAAAGCCCUGAGCACCUGUGGGUCUCACAUCUGUGUCCUCCUGGUCUUCUACAUCCCGGGUCUCUUCUCUUUCCUGGCAGACCGAUUUGGCCAGAAUGUCCCACACCACAUCCACGUCAUACUGGCCAGCAUCUACCUCCUGCUGCCGCCUAUGUUAAACCCUAUUGUGUAUGGGGUGAAAACCAAACAGAUCCGAGAGAAGGUAACGAGGGUCCUUUGCUGGAGGAGAGACUGA